CAAGAACAGCGGUGGGGAAACAAAGUGUGUCCAAAAAGAAAAAGAAAAACGAAAGAAUCGAGAGAUAAAAUCGGGUCUAACAGUUCCAUAUCCGUGAGCUUUUCCUUCCAAUAGGUUUCGUUAUCUGUACCUCACUAAGCCGUCACUCUUUUUGGUUCUCCACUUCCUUCGUGAAUCGAGAGGUUUUCUUCCGGAUCUUCAUCAGGUGAAGAUGCAAGGUGCUGUGCGAUCAUUUCUAUCACAUGGAAACAUUGUGAAAACUGCUGUUCUGCAACAACUUCGUGUAGCAAACCCCUGUAUGAGGCCUGCAAUGCUUUCACGCUUUACAACAUCAACAAGUUCCGCAAACAUUGAAGAGCAUGGCUUUGAAAGCACUACGAUUGAUGACAUCUUGAAAGCAAAAGGCAAAAGUGCUGACGGAUCAUGGCUUUGGUGCACCACAGAUGACACAGUUUAUGAUGCCGUUCAGUCGAUGACCCAGCACAAUGUUGGAGCCUUGGUGGUUGUUAAACCUGCGGAGCAAAAUUCAAUAGCUGGUAUUAUAACAGAGAGAGAUUAUCUGAGAAAGAUUAUAGUGCAAGGCAGGUCCUCCAAGUCUACCAAAGUUGGGGAUAUCAUGACUGAGGAGAACAAACUUAUCACUGUGACACCUGACACCAAGGUUUUGCGAGCUAUGCAACUUAUGACUGAUAAUCGAAUUAGGCACAUACCGGUCAUCGAUGACAAGGGUAUGAAAGGCAUGGUAUCGAUUGGAGACGUGGUUCGGGCUGUGGUGAGCGAGCACCGGGAGGAGCUAAACCGCCUGAAUGCUUUCAUUCAGGGAGGUUAUUGAAUUGCUGCUAAUGACUUUGCUUUGCUUGCUUGUUUGCUUUGUGAUGUUUGGAAAACCAGAUGGCUUCAGCUCUUGUACAUAUGGCCUGGUAUGCGCACACUCUCUUAUUAUAUGGUUGUGCUUAAUGUUUCUGAUACAAUAACGGACCGACGAUGUAUUAAUAGACGGUUACUUUCCUCUGCGAAAUUUCGCCCUAAUUUUCAAACUUCAAUGAUGAUAUCUAAAGUCUCCCUUGAGUUUGAGGGACACUCUUGCACCGA